AUGCUGGCGUCAAUUAUCGCCGUCUUGGCCGCUGUGGUUUGGGCCGCCGUCGCGACACCGACCAUGGCGCCGGCGGACCACAGGUCAUCUCCUCUCGAUGCGAUCAAUGACUUAUACUCUGGACAGACAAGAACCAUCCCCAGCAAGUUCAGCUGGUCCUCCUCUGUCGCUUUGGUCUGGCCAAAGGACGACGGCCGCAACAUCGCGGGCAUCAAAGACCCAUCCAUCGUCUUCUACGACGGCGCCUACCACGUCUUCGCCAGCACGGCGCAGGCAUCAGGCUACAACCUCGUCUAUUUCACAUUCACCGACUUCGCCAAGGCCAACAGCUCGACCUUCCAUUACCUGGACCAGACCCCGAUCGGCACGGGCUACCGCGCAGCGCCCGAGGUCUUCUAUUUCGCGCCGCAGAAGCUGUGGUAUCUUGUGUACCAGAACGGCAACGCCGCCUCCUCGACCAACGCAGACAUAGCAAACCCGGCGGACGUACCGGCGAUCGUCUCCAAUAAUAUUGGUAGCGGAUACUGGGUAGACAUGUGCGUCAUCUGCGACGCGGCCAACUGCCACCUCUUCUCGAGCGACGACAAUGGCCACCUGUACCGCUCGCAGACCUCACUUGCCAAUUUCCCCAAGGGCAUGAGCGAGCCCGUCAUCGCGCUGCAGGACACGGCCAACAAGUACGCCCUGUACGAGGCGUCCAACGUCUACAAUGCCAUCGGGAGCGACGGCGCACGCUACUUCCGCUCGUGGGCGUCCAAGAGCCUCUUGGGCAGCUGGACACCGCUGGCCGAUACUGAGGCGAACCCUUUCGUGGGGAACAACAAUGUCGUCUUUGCCUCGGGGAAGGCCUGGACCACUUGA